UGUUUUGUGUAUAAAUUCAAUUAUAUAAAUGAGUGACGACGACGAUUUCAUGCUUGAGGAUGAAGAGGAGGACUAUGAUUUUGAUUAUGAUGAUGAGGAGGAAGAACCCGAUGUCGACUUGGAAAAUAAAUAUUAUAAUGCUAAAGCAAAGAAAGAGGAUGAUUUAAAAGAAGCCUUAGAAGAGUUUCAAAGUACUUUGAAAUAUUACCGUGAAUUAUUAACCUAUGUUAAAUCAGCAGUAACAAGAAAUUAUAGCGAAAAGAGUAUUAACAAUAUUCUUGAUUAUGUUUCAUCUACUGACAAUAUGAGUUUUAUGGAAAGCUUUUAUGAGACAACUUUAGAAUCACUCAAAGAAAAUAAAAAUGAGAAUUAUGGAGAUGAUGGUACAGAUGAUCAACGUAAGGGAACACAUUUAUUAGAGAUACUGGCGUUAGAGAUUCAAAUGUAUACAGAGACAAAAAACAAUAAGAAGUUAAAGGAUUUAUAUCAACAAUGUCUUUCAGUUAAGUCUGCCAUCCCUCAUCCUCGUAUUAUGGGCGUUAUUCGAGAAUGUGGUGGUAAAAUGCACAUGAGUGAAAAACAAUGGGAUAAUGCACAAACAGAUUUUUUUGAAUCAUUUAAAAACUAUGAUGAAGCAGGCAGUCCACAACGUAUUCAAGUAUUAAAAUAUUAUGUUUUAGCUAAUAUGUUAACGGAAUCACAGAUUAAUCCAUUUGAUUCACAAGAAACUAAGCCUUAUAAAAACGAUAAAGAAAUUGAGGCAAUGACUAAUUUAGUGAGUGCCUAUCAAAAAAGAGACAUAAAUGAAUUUGAACAUAUUCUAAAAGUGAAUCAAAAGGCAAUCAUGGGUGACCCUUUUAUAUAUAUUGAUGAUGUAUUAAAGAAUAUUCGUACUCAAGUAUUAAUCAAGUUAAUUAAGCCUUACACAAGUAUAGAAAUUGCUUCUACCAUAGCCAAAGUAAGUGAAGGGAUUGUUUUAUCUGUAGACUAUGUAUAUUGAAUAUUUCCUUUUUUUUUAAGCAAUUGAAUAUAUCUGUCGACGAUGUAGAAGAACUUUUAGUGGACUUAUUUUGGAUGAAAGGAUUUUGGGACAAAUCGAUCAAAUAAAUAAUAUACUAGUGUUAGACAAGAUCUACUGAUGCAAUGAAGU